UGCCGUGCGAAGGGUGACGUAGCCGGAAGCUGCUGGCGGCUGGUGGGCGCCCCGCAUUCCCGGUGCAGCCCGGCGGCUCCCUGCUGGAACGUGGCCUAAUCGCCACCGACCCCGACCCCAGCCCCGCCCGGCGGCCCUGUCCGCCUCCUGCCAGCAGCAUGGCCAGCCCAAGGACCAGGAAAGUUCUCAAAGAAGUCAGAGUGCAAGAUGAGAACAAUGUUUGUUUUGAGUGUGGUGCCUUCAACCCUCAGUGGGUCAGCGUGACCUAUGGCAUUUGGAUCUGUCUGGAGUGCUCUGGGAAACACCGCGGGCUUGGGGUGCAUCUCAGCUUUGUACGCUCUGUUACGAUGGACAAGUGGAAGGACAUCGAGCUCGAGAAGAUGAAGGCUGGCGGCAAUGCCAAGUUCCGAGCGUUCCUGGAGUCCCAGGAGGAUUACGACCCCUGCUGGUCCCUGCAGGACAAGUACAACAGCAAGGCCGCGGCGCUCUUCAGGGACAAGGUUGCCACUCUGGCUGAAGGCAGAGAAUGGUCUCUGGAGUCGUCGCCUGCCCAGAACUGGACCCCACCUCAGCCCAAGAUACUGGCACCAACUGCCCACCGACCCUCUGGCCAGCCACAGAAUGCGACUGCCUCUGCUGACAAGGCUUUUGAAGACUGGCUGAAUGAUGACCUUGGCUCCUACCAAGGGGCCCAGGAGAACCGCUAUGUGGGGUUUGGGAACACAGUGCCCCCACAGAAGAGAGAAGAUGACUUCCUUAACAACGCCAUGUCGUCCCUGUAUUCGGGCUGGAGCAGCUUCACCACCGGAGCAAGCAAGUUUGCCUCUGCAGCUAAGGAAGGUGCUACAAAGUUUGGAUCCCAAGCAAGUCAAAAGUUUUGGGGUUACAAGCAGCAGCCAGAGCCGGCUUCAGAGUUGGGCCACAGCCUGAACGAGAAUGUCCUCAAGCCUGCGCAGGAGAAGGUGAAGGAGGGAAAGAUUUUUGAGGAUGUGUCCACUGGGGUCUCUCAUUUGGCGUCCAAGGUCCAGGGAGCCAGCAGUAAGGGAUGGCGGGACGUCACUACCUUCUUCUCUGGGAAAGCAGAAGAGCCCUCAGACAGACCUGUCGAGGGCCAGAGCUACCAGAACAGCGGCAGGGAUGACUUCCAGAACAACACCAUAGACCAAAGCUUCUGGGAGACCUUUGGGAGCGCCGAGCCUUCCAAGACCAAGUCCCCGAGCAGCGACAGCUGGACCUGCGCAGACGCCUCGACGGGCAGAAGGAGCUCGGACAGCUGGGACGUGUGGGGCUCAGGCUCCGCGUCCAACAACAAGAACAGCAACAGUGACGGCUGGGAGAGCUGGGAAGGCACAGGCGGGGAGGGCAGGGCCAAGGCCCCCAAGAAGGUGGCACCAUCUGCGGCUGUUGACGAGGGCUGGGACAACCAGAACUGGUAGUGCCCACGGCAUCCCACCCAGCCCCACGGGGCAGCUGCUGUGUGUGUGCUCUGCCCCCUCCACCCCUCCUUCCAUCCAAACCCAGCCAGAGAAGUGGCUGCAGUGCCAGGAGGGCGUCCAGGUGCCACCUGCUCCGAGCCGCCUGGCCGCACCCUCCAGCCAUGUAGGGUGCCGAACCCAGGACCUGGGUCCCCAUGCAGCCCUGAAGAUGCAACAGUCCUCAGGAUGGGAGGCCGUCUGGAGGGCCUGGAGGUGGCCAGGCCCAGAGCAGGGGCCUCAGCCGCAGGCAGUGCUCUCAGCAGUGCCCCACAUCUGUUUCUGUGAAAUGUGUUUCUAACUUUAAAGAGUUGAGCCAGCUGUUUUUUUCUUUUUGAAGAAGAUGCCUGAAGUCUUAAAAGUGGAAAUGCUGAAAACAGUACCAGAGCUCGGCCUGCUGUCGGACCUCUUCCCUCAGCCCAUUUCCGUGGCUCAUGCUGUGAAAUUCGCCACUACCACCUGUGGCUUUCCUGGGGCCGUCCCUCUCUUUCUCUGGAUGAACUUCACAGCCUGUGGCUCCGGCCUUCUGAUGCAGAGCUGAUCUCAGCACUUGACUCUGCCCUCACAGAAACAAGGACACGGGAGGGAGCAGAGUGUAUCUGCCUGUCCCAUGCCAGGGCAGGGCCUGCUGGGGAGGGUGGACAUGAGGCGGGGACUCCUAGGCUACUUUGGGGUUCAGGGUGGCCUUCCUGGAGCUGCUCCCUAGCUAGAGGGCUCCUAGCGGUUGGGGCCUGUGGUGGCCAGGCCCUAACUGAGGCCGAGCCCUGCAAGGGUCAGACAGGCAGCGCCACACCUGCAGUCGGUCCCUCCGGGCACUGUCUUCUCGAGCCUGGCGCUCGGGUCUUGCUGACCAUGCGGAGCCCUCAAGGCUCUGAACCUGCUGGCCCCUGUGCAGCGUGGGCUUCUUGGACCGUGGGUCAUUAGUGUCUUGUGGGUGCCACUGCCUGUGAUGCCAGCAAAUCUGACCGCCUUCCCCCAGGAUCCAGUGAGCAUGCUGCCACAGCAUAGCUGGAGGGUGUGUGGGACCCCCUGCCUGCAGCUACCCCAUGUGCCCUCAGUGUGACCAGCAGUGCAUGCACCUGAA